AUGAACGCUCAGCAGGGCUGGGAGAUGCAGCCAUUGUGGGCUGGCAGCAGUACUCCAGCUUGGGAGCGGUAUGAAACCUUCGCUGACCGUUGGUCCCAAUUGUGCUACAAUAUGAAGAUCAGUCAGGUCCUGGCAAUUUAUCGAUACCCGACCUUGAGCGGUGCUGACGUAUUUACCUGGCAGCAUCACAAGAUUAUGGUUCGCUCAAUGUUGGCCGCCGAGUGGACUACACGUCUGGUAGGUGCACCCAUUGGCGAGCGCAAGCUCAAGAUGUGCAACAAGUCCGUGAACACGAAGCGAGACAUCCAGAACAAGGUUGGCAGAGAUGUGCUCAACAAAGCGAACGCCAAGCUGCAGAGUGGCACAUUGACGCAGGGAGAGGGCGACCAAAGCAAAUCCUCGGACGUUGCGUGA